AUGCGCCGGGUCGUAGUUACAGGGCUGGGCGCAGUCUCUCCACUCGGCAUCGGUGUACGACGAACGUGGAAACGGCUUCUAGAUGGCCACUGUGGCGUCGUUUCGGUGAAAGACCGGGAUCCGAGAUAUGCAGAUCUGCCUUGCCAGAUUGCUGCGCUGGUCCCUCAAGGUCAGAAGAGUGAUGGUGGCUGGAGAGUAUCGGAUUGGUUAAGCCGUGAUGUGGAGAGGAAAACAGCAAAAUUUACACAAUAUGCCCUAGUCGCCACUGAGGAGGCUCUGGCAGAUGCGGGCUGGAAGCCUACCAGCCGUGAGCAGAAGGAAAUGACAGGCGUAUGUUUAGGUUCUGGCAUUGGCAACUUCGAUGAGAUUUACGAUACGUCUCUCAGUUAUGAUAAAGGGGGCUACAGAAAAAUUUCCCCCCUCUUCGUCCCCAAGCUCCUCAUUAACCUGGGGGCCGGACACAUCUCGAUGAAAUAUGGAUUCUCGGGUCCCAAUCAUGCCGCCACCACGGCGUGCACGACUGGGGCUCAUUCAAUCGGCGACGCCUCCCGCUUCAUUGCCUGCGGAGAUGCAGAUGUGAUGAUAGCCGGGGGAGCUGAGUCGUGUAUCCACCCAUUAGUCUUGGGUGGAUUUUCCAGGUGUCGUAGCCUAGCUACUUCAUACAAUGAUUCACCAGAGAAGGCUUCAAGGCCCUUUGAUAGGGACCGGGAAGGAUUUAUCGUGGGAGAGGGCGCAGCAGUAGUUGUGCUAGAGGAACUUGAGCAUGCCAAGUCCCGCAGCGCACAUAUAUACGCCGAGCUGAAGGGAUAUGGUUGUUCUGGCGAUGCAUACCACAUGACGGCACCCAAAGAGAGCGGAGAGGGUGCCUUGUUGGCCAUGAAGAGAGCGUUAAGGAGUGCCCGGGCCCCUCCUAGCGCAGUGGAUUACAUCAAUUCACACGGGACGUCGACGAUAAUUGGAGACGCAGCAGAAAACUUUGCGAUCAAAACGCUCCUUCUUGGAAGUGAGGGGAAAGAGAAAGUUGCCGAUAUCAAUGUCAGCAGCACGAAGGGUGCAAUAGGCCAUUUACUUGGGGGAGCCGGGGCUAUUGAGGCUGUCUUUUCCAUUUUAGCGAUUCACGAGAAUGUUUUGCCGCCCACGAUAAAUCUGGAUAACACGACUGAGGAAUUUGACUGCAAUUACGUGCCCAAUAUUGCGCAGGAGAGACAGGUCGAUGUGGUAUUAACGAAUAGCUUUGGGUUCGGGGGCACGAAUAGCAGCUUGUGCUUCGCCCGAUAUUGA